AUGGCUCCUAUCGAAUAUCCCGUGGUAUGCAUAAAUAUUAAAUGUCAUGUCAUACCACUGAGGGAUAAGAAAGACGAAAGGAGGACAACAGGAAAAGAUCGUUAUGGUGAUAGCAAUCACACCAUGGUGAACUCUACUAAACUAAACUAAAAUAAACAAUGCUAC